AAAAUUUUAAGGAUAAGGAGAAACCGUCAAAAGAUAACGAUCAAAUCUUGAAUAGUUAUCAAAAAAACAUACUUUAUUUGUUAGUGACUAUAAAUUCUUAUAUGAACACUAUUACUGAUGAUGCUGGUGGAAUUAUAAAAUUCAGACCUAUUAAACAUUCUAAAACAAUAUAUAUUCCUGAUACUAUAGACCAUAGUUAUAUGAGAAAGUCAUUACAUGCAAUAGGAUUAAUUAGUGAUUUAGAUCAUAAAUAUGAUGAAGAUUAUGUGCUUACCAUGGAAAAAUUAAUUUCACCGUUUUCAAAUUUGCAAGCUAUUUUUAAUACUAUUUCUACUGAAAAAGCACAUGGUUCGGAUGAUUCAUAUAACAUUGAUUUGAUUAGAUUGUACCAUGAAAUAGAAACCGAAAAGGAUACAAAUCAAUCUGAACUAUCUAUUGAAGAUAAUAAAUCAGCAAUCCCUUCAAUCGAAACACAAAAAAAUUGGCUGAAUGAUUUAAUUUAUAAAAUGGAUAUUAAAAUUACUGAGUAUUCUAAGUUAGCCAUUGAAAAAAAUAAAGUAGAAGACAUUGAUCUAGACGAUUUAGAGAAAAAAAUGGGGUCAAUUCUAUUAGGAAUUAUAGACAGGAUUACGGAAAUCAGGACUCAUAAAGGAUUUAAAGAAUAUGAAAAUUUACAAAAGUAUAUUGAUGCUUUAAGAAUUCAGGGUGUUUGGAAUGCCAAACUAACUAUGCAAGCUUUUUUAUCAACUUUAUUAAUUUUUGGAAAUAUCUCAGAUACACAACAAUUGUGGAAUAAAAACUUCAAUACUAUGGUAGAGGACUUGGCUCAUAGAGGAGUUCUGGAUAAGUUAGUGCCUAAAAUUAAUAAUGAAGAAUUACCAGAUUUGGUCAUACAAGAACUAGAUUAUCAAUUUGUUCCUAAUGAUCUAACCAAGGCAAAUACUUUGAACGAAGGCCAAUAUGCAAUAUUCAAUGAAGUAUUAAAUCUUAUAAACUGCAACCAAAAAGGCAUACUUUUCGUGGAUGAGCCUGCUGGAA